AUCUGUAAAGCGGAAGUAAAAAUUGAGGAAUCGUCCCAAACUUGAUGGGGAAAGAAAUACCAGAAAUAUUAAUAUAAUUUGGCCAUGAAGAGUGAGCCCACGUUUUGAUUGAUUAUACCGUGAUGACAUCACAGAGUUGUUUCUAUGCUCUGCCAUCACGAUCAAUACCCGACAGAGAGAUGGGUUUUGGGACAGAUUUCCAAGGAAAAGAAUCCCACGAAUCCCUGCUCCGUAUCCAGGACUGUGAGAUCCGUGUCCUUGACAACAUCAAGCGGUGCCUAGCAGUGCGUAUCGACAGCGAUAAGAAGUAUGCCGCCUCGCUCAACACGAUUGUACAGAGCGCCCAGAAACUGGACACCAACGAAUUCCAGGCGCACAGUUCAGUUUUCAAGGGUUGGGACACCAUUGUGAGGCAAACUGACCGGUUCGUGAAACUGCUGAAACAGAAUGUGGAAGAAAUGUCUUCCAAGAUGAUGGAAAAACUGACAGACCUCAUCAACGAGAAGAAGGCAUCCCGACGCCAUUAUCAGGAAGAACGCAGUAAACUGGACCUCGAGUUCUCAAAGGUACAAGAGGAUGUAAAUAAGUACAAACAGGAGUACAGCAAGUGUUUACAGCGCGUCAGUCAGGACCAGUCCAAGUUCAAAGAUCUCCAGGCCAAAGGUAAAACUGGGGCCAAGCUGGAGGAUGUUAAGAAGAAGUUGCAACGGUCGACGGCGAGUCUGCACCGCGUUCAUAACGACUAUGUGUUAUCAUUACGCGAGGUGAUGGCCCACCAGACAUGCUACCUAACACAGUCCCUUCCCACCUUCCUGGACACUCAGCAGACCACACAGGAAGCUCUCGUUUAUCAAUGUAAAGAUGUGCUUGCACAGUAUCACAGACUGACGAAUUUUACCAAUGAAGACUUCACAGGUGUGUUCACAACGAUCGAAGAUUCCAUUGAAAACAUCGUCCCAGAGAAGGAGUACUCGGACAAGUUCAUUUCAGAAUUUAGGAGUGACCCUAUAGAAGCUACAACAUUCGAGUUUGACUCCGGUCUCCUUGACGAUUACCAGGGAACGUUAGUGGAAAAAAACUUAGCUGUGGACGAUCUAACUCACGACACGCUCAAAGCUAGACUAGCAUCACUAGAAGAUGACUUGGCGUCCCUUCAGAAAAGUUUGAAGGACAAGGAGCCGAAAGUCAAGGAUAUGGACGACCAGCUAGCAGAUCUUAAGGAAAAAAGCAAAACAGAUGUAUUAGUGAAACCGGAACUCGCCAAACAGAAACGAGACCGCGAUAAAGCCUUUUACGAGCUGACUGUGAUAACAGCCAAGGUCGCGACCUUACAGGAAACGGCAACGACAUUAAUGAAUGACCUGGAUGCAGUAGGAGAUGACAUUCCUUCGGCCAUGUUGGAUUCCAGUAUGGUCGCCGAUCGCCAGUCUAUUAGUGAUCUGUCCUCGUCUCCUCCGACCUCGUCUCCACUGCCGGGCGUCAGUAAACUCAAGAACCUUAAACGUCACAUGACAGGCGUGCUACAACGACGUCAGGGGCAAGACAAAGAAGAGCGUGAACCGGAAAAAGUUCACAGCUACGAGGAACAGUCACUGGACCAUCUAAACGGUCCGGGUCUGUCUAGUACAAACAGUGACACGGGUGCUGAGGCCCUGGCUGACCCCAGUCGACCAUUAGAAGAAGAGGAAUGGUUUCAUGGCGUCCUACCGCGUGAAGAAGUACAGCGUCUCCUGUCCAAUGAUGGAGAUUUCCUCGUAAGGGAGAGCAAGAACCGGAAAACUAAUGAAACACAAUAUGUACUUUCUGUUGGCUGGCAGGGAUACAAACACUUCAUAAUACAGUACGGGGAGGGAGGCUGGCGUUUCGAGGGGCCGUCCUUUCCCACAAUUCAUGAGUUGGUGAAAUACCAGCAUAAGAUUGGGACAGAUGUGACAAGUAAAUCCAGGGCAAUCCUAAAGAAACCAAUCCUCCGUGAACAGUGGCAGCUCAAAAACGACGACAUCGCUCUUGAGAUGAAAAUUGGAAAUGGUAACUUUGGCGAGGUUUACCGUGGAAUAUACAAGUCAGGGAACCAGACUGUGGCGGUGAAGACGUGCAAGGACACGUUGUCCGAGGAUCAACGCAAGAAGUUCCUCAUGGAGGGACGAAUCCUGAAACAGUACGACCAUCCAAACAUCGUCAGGUUUAUCGGGAUCGCCGCCCAGCGACAACCGGUGAUGAUCGUGAUGGAGUAUGUUGCUGGUGGUGCUCUACUCUCCUACCUCAGAAAGCAAGGAAAACACCAAACCAAGAAACAGCUCACGCAGAUGUGUGAGGACGCGUCGAAGGGCAUGGCAUACUUAGAGAGCAAGAGCUGCAUUCACAGGGAUUUGGCAGCUCGUAACUGUCUGGUGGGAGACAGCAAUGUUGUGAAGAUCUCUGACUUCGGAAUGUCUCGUGAGGAAGAAGAAUACACUGUAUCAGAAGGGCUCAAACAAAUCCCUAUCAAAUGGACCGCUCCAGAGGCCCUCCUGUACGGUAAAUACACAUCCCUCUGUGACGUGUGGAGCUUUGGAAUCCUCAUGUGGGAGGUUUUUGCCUUCGGUCAAACUCCCUACUCUGGGAUGAGUAACAACCAAGCCAGGGAGAGAGUGGACGGUGGGUACCGGAUGCCACCUCCAGAAGGCACUCCAGAAUCAGUAUACAAGUUAAUGCUCAGGAUAUGGGAAUAUGAUACAGCCAAGAGACCGCACUUCGCCGAGAUCAUGAAAGAGUUGUCUAGCAUUAUCAAAAAGUUAUAAUGGCAGUUGAUUAUUAAUCAAAAUAUAUUUGUUAAAUUAUUAAAACUUUGAAUAUCUUAAACCAACAAUCUGUCAGCGAUUUUGUUACAGAUAAUAAAAGAAAAAAAAUGAAAGGAUGAUUUGAAUCCCUUUAUUGGUAUCAUGUCUGCUUGCUGUAUCCAUGAAUAUGAAAGUACACCUUGAUUGCUCCAGUCUACCCAGUUAUAAAGAUGGACAGCAGUGUGUACUUCACUCGAUUGCUCCAGUCUACCCAGUUAUAAGGAUGGACAGCAGUGUAUACUUCACCCUGAUUGCUCCAGUCUACCCACUUAUAAAGAUGGACAGCAGUGUAUACUUCACUCAGAUUGCUCCAGUCUACUCACUUAGAAAGAUGGACAGCAGUGUGUACUUCACCCUGAUUGCUCCAGUCUACCCAGUUAUUAAGUUGGACAGCAGUGUGUUGGGAAAUGUAGGACAUUAUAUCGAAGUUUAUCUGUAUAGAGAUGUACAAGUUAGAAUUGAAGUGUUGAAAGUUCCGAAGAUUGUUGGUUUAUGAUAUUUUGAUGAUAUUCUAUUCCUGUUUUCACUCGAAUUACACAGUUAGUCCCAAGGACGAAGUUAAUGUUGAGUUGUAAUAUAAACUGAUAAUGUCUGACGUGAAAUGUAAUAUAAUGUCUGACGUGAAAUGUAAUAUAAUGUCUGACGUGAAAUGUAAUAUAAUGUCUGACGUGAAAUGUAAUAUCGAGUUGUACUUAAGUGAUUGUGUAUGGCAACAAGUGUAUAAUUUCAGACUUGCAUCGAUCGUGAUAGCUAUGUAAACAAUACCCAUCACUCACAAACGCUUCGCAGAUUCCAAAAAUUUCAGGAAAUUUUGGAAUAUGACUGAGUGAUUCAUUAAAAAAUGUAACGAUUUGUACAAUUUUUCCUCAAGCAUUAGUUUAGUGGUUGUGAAUGCUUGUGGAAAAAUUAUCAAAGAUAAUUAGCUUGAUUGCAAUGACAAUUAGUAUUGGUAUUUUUGUUGUUUUUAUUUUGUAGACAUGUACUUAAACUUUGUACUGUCGUGAUAGCUGUACUUAGUGAUAUUUUUGUGCUGAUGAUAUUACAAGUUAUGUGUUAUGUAAUAUUGUUAUAAUAUUGAUUUUAUGAAUGAAGCUAAAAAGUUUUUUCAAAGAAUCAUAAACUUCUCAUAUCAUUUUAUCAAGGUUGACUUGUAGAGAAAUUACGAAGAGCACAGGAGCGUGGCACACAUCCCC